AUGGUGUUGUCUCCAAGUUUAAAGGCCGAGUUUGGUUUUAAUGAGAAGUUUGACAAUUUGCCGGUCAAGCACUGUCUCGUCGAAUCUUAUCCGAGAGUCUGCAAGGUCGGUAUAUCAAAUAUGUUGCUGCUUGUUGUCAUUAUCUGCACGUUUACCAAAGUCAUCCAGUGCGCCGUGGUUCUCUGGAAGCUACCGGAGUACACAAUUGUUACACCAGGUGAUGCCAUAGCAUCAUUUAUAGCUAAACCCGAUGACUACACGAGCGGGCUUGGGUCACUGGAUAUUAUUGAUAGCAAUCGGCUUAAUAUUCAAUCUCGCCGGUUCUGGUCAUCAGAUGAGGUAUCUUCCUUAACAGAAACAACAAAACCUCGCCAGUGGUUUGAUCUAGAGAGGCGCUAUAUAUCAACUAUACCUCGGGCUGUAUGGAUCCGCACGUAUAUUCUAUUACUGCUGCCUUCAAUGGGACUACUGUCUGCAGGGCUUGCACUCUCUUACGAGUCAAACACAUUUUCCUUCCAGGGACCAUUCGGCCAGUCAGACACGAACCGAAGAAGUGGUGGAAUGGACGGGGCUGGGUAUCUACUCGUGAUUAUUGCUUCUAAUAGUCCCCAGCUUCUAUUAUCAAUCUGCUACUUCUCUUACAAUGGAUUUUUUACUCGCCUCCAAGUUGAGCGGGAGUGGAACUCCUACAGCCUAAAAUAUCAACCCCUUCGGGUUUCCCAUCCUAGAGGCCAGCAAGUCUCGAGCUAUAGGUUACAACUGCCUUAUAAGUAUAGCAUACCCCUCAUAACUAUGAGCGUGGCCUGCCACUGGCUCUUGUCUAAUGCAUUAUUUUUGUACAUAAUCGAAGGUGGAUUCUGGGGAAGAAGCUAUGCGGAAAACACGAAAGCAUAUUUCCAGGUUUCUGAUAACUCUUUGGUCUCUUUCGGAUAUUCACCACCUGCUAUGCUGUCAUUUUUCAUUGUUUGUUGUGUCCUCAUGCCCUUACCAUUGCUCUUCAGCCUGCGAAAGCCUAAGGGGAAGAUGGUGAUAGGGGCCUCAGACUCGUUAGUUAUAUCAGCAGCUUGCCACUGUUUUAUAUCCCCACCGGCCGACGUUCAAAGCCAAGCAGGUUCACCCUCGAACGAUGAAGUGGUCGUCAACACCCAUGACCAUGAAGAUGAUAUCAGGAGGCUAGCAACGGAUGAUUUCGACGACCGAGAAGAAGAAAUGCUGCUGGAAUUGUCUCAAUCGAAACUGAAAUGGGGUGCUACAUGCCUACCAAGUGACGUUGCCGAGGCUAUGAGCGAGGAGAGUGGAAACACGGUAAUGCACCUUGGCUUCGGCGGUGAGUCAUCUAAUGUUAGAUGUCCUGAAGAGGGGGAAUGUUUAACAUCUCGCCGUUUAAAUAAAAACAACAACUUAACUAAGCUAUUAUCAACCAUGGCUGACUUAAAGGUUGAUCUCACUGCCCCAAACGGCAAGAAGUUUACCCUCCCUACCGGUCUUUUUAUUAAUAAUGAAUUCGUUAAAUCAAGCUCAGGGGCCAAGAUUGCGAGCAUUAACCCGACAAAUGAGCAAGAAAUAUGUUCUGUCGAAGCAGCUAGCGUCGAAGACAUUGAUAAAGCCGUAGCUGCUGCAAGAGCUGCACUGAACCAUGAGUCAUGGCGAGAUAUCUCUCCAACUGAUCGCGGUAGGAUGAUGUAUAAAUUGGCGGAUAUAAUCGAACAAGAAGAGGAUAUCCUAGCCACUAUCGAAACCUGGGAUAAUGGCAAACCACUUGGCGACUCUCAUGGAGACGUAUCUGAGGUCGUCAAUACCAUUCGAUACUAUGCUGGCUAUGCUGACAAGAUCCACGGCGAAACUAUUCCCACCACAAACCAGAAGUUUGCCUACACAUUGAAACAACCUAUUGGAGUCUGCGCUCAGAUCAUCCCUUGGAACUACCCAAUGGCGAUGGCGGCAUGGAAAUUGGGACCAGCACUUGCCUGUGGAAAUACAGUUGUCAUGAAGCCUGCUGAGCAAACUCCUCUAUCCAUCCUAUACUUGGCGAGUCUCAUACCCAAGGCUGGCUUCCCUCCCGGAGUUGUCAACAUUACCAAUGGGUAUGGUAGAGAGGCUGGCCAUGCGCUCGCAAGCCAUCUGGAGAUCGACAAGGUUGCCUUUACCGGCUCGACUGUAACAGGAAAGCAGAUUAUGAAGACAGCUAGCGUCAACAUGAAGAACAUCACCCUCGAAACUGGUGGUAAAUCUCCUCUGCUAGUCUUCGAAGACGCUGAUAUCGAGCAAGCAGCGAAAUGGGCGCAUGCCGGAAUCAUGAGCAACAUGGGCCAGAUCUGCACGGCGACCUCGCGUAUCCUCGUCCAAGAGAACAUCUACGAUAAAUUCGUAGAGAAGUUCCGGGAGGAGGUCAAGAACACGAGCAAGGUCGGCGACCCCUUCGAGGAGGGUACAUUCCAAGGCCCUCAAGUUACCAAGGCGCAGUACGAGAGGGUCCUGAGCUUUGUGGAAUCAGGUAAGUCAGAAGGAGCCACACUAACGGACGGAGGUAUCCCUUGUCCGCUCAAUGGAAAGGGUUACUUCGUCGCGCCUACCGUCUUCACCAAUGUAAAGGAUAGCAUGAAGAUUUACCGAGAGGAGGUGUUCGGCCCUUUCGUUGUCAUCGUGCCGUUCAAGGCUGAAGAUCAAGCAAUCACGAUGGCGAACGACACCACCUACGGACUAGGCUCAGCUAUCUUCACCCAGAACCUCGAGCUUGCUCAUCGCGUUGCCGCGCGCAUCGAGGCGGGUAUGGUCUGGAUCAACUCUUCCAACGAUUCGGAUUUCAGAGUCCCGUUCGGAGGUGUGAAGCAGAGCGGUAUCGGCCGAGAGCUAGGAGAAGCUGGUCUCGCCGGAUACUUGCAAACCAAGUCCAUUCAUGUGAAUCUAGGUCAGAAAUUGUAA